AUGCGCUUUUUUGUCACUCUCUCACUCCUGACCUCAGGAGCUUUUGCAGUCUGGAAUGCGAAGGUUUGCAACAAUGCGGGAGGCUGCGUCUCAGGCGUAACACGGCUACCCGACCCCUUCAGAUGCCCUGAUGGCACAGGCGUGAACCUUCAACAAUCUGCAUCGGCAGACCUUGGCACUUCGGCGGGUGAAUACGAUAUCAUCUCCAAGUCUCAGUUUCCAGACCAUUGCCUCUACGGUGCCAAGCCUGGUGCUAAUGAUUUACUUGUUGUUAAAACUCUGGACCUUGAUCGAAAGAUGUACUCGUUCAUAAGCCAGACGUGUACGGACAAGAACCCUCCCGUCAACUGCUACAAUAAACGACCCAACCCUGGCUCAUCUACAGUUUGCCUGAUAGUUGAUAGCAAAGGUCGGGAGUGUGUUGCAAACCCUAGCGCGGGUCAAUGUGAGAGAGGAUUGACUAAGCUUCAUAGGCCCGAUCCUUGCCUAGGUUGGAAACUCGGCAUGCCUGAUCAGCCAGAGAAACAAUUUUAG